UCGGUAGAAAGCAUGAUGAUGUGUGUUAGACAUUGCUUAAUCGCUGCACCCGAGUAAAUACCACUUCACCGAAGCUAACGGCACCUGUGUAAAUACUACUUCAGUGAACUUUACAUUUUUGAAACUUUUUAUGCAUAUAUUUAUUCCCAGUUUACGUUACAAGGUUUAACUCUACCCACAACUUGUCUUCUGUCGUUAUGAAUCAUACAUGACUGCUAUGGAUUUAUUGUAUGCUUGAGUCAACGAUGUGAUACACCUAGAACCAUAUACGGAUCAAAGGUUCUACCAACCAGCCUAGAAAAAUAAUCGGAAAUAUAUACCAAGUAUUUGUUUGUUACAUUAAUACAAUACAAACAUCCUGACCAUGAGGACUACCUGUUUGUCUAUUGUUAUCUUGACUAUCAUGCUAAUUGGUGUAACGGUAGCAGACACCAGAAUUCAGCGAAGAGGUGAUAGCACGGCCAAGACUAAGAGUUGGCUGAAGGGUCUCCUGUCAAGUAUUUUUGGCAGUAGUGAGAAAAAGGGGCCACCUCCUGCUGAGAAUAAUUCGACGUCUAACACAGACCAGUCGACAGUAUCUGGGAACCAGACGCAACAAAAUAACAACGAAACCCUGAACGGAGAUCAAAACUCCGCGAAUAAUAGUGCAGGAAAUACCACGACUCCUUCUACAAAUCUAACUAUCACAACAGCCCCUUCUCAAUCAUCGGGCAACUCUACGACGACGCCUCAGUCUGGCAAUUUGACCACGACGCCCCAUUCUGGCAAUGUGACCACGACGCCCCAGUCUGGCAAUGUGACCACGACGCUUCAGUCUGCCCAGGUGACUUCAACACCAUCGCCAGCUAACACCACGGCAAAUGCAGUCACUGGAGGACAAAACCCACCUACGUCAUCUUCCGGAUCAGCUGCAACAACCGCAAACGCUAACCCUAGCUCUGACAAUAGGAACAAAACGAAGCAAAACUGUUUCACGAGCAUAUCGUUAGACAAGUUUUGUAUUCUUCCGGAAGCAUUUCAAGUCUAUCUGAACGGCAACAAGUCGGUGGAGAUGGUGUAUUCUAAAAUGUUCUCAAAUGGCGUCAUCACUCGACUCGCCGAUCAAUGUCCCGUGGCAGAAUGGUGUUUACCGGAAGAUCCGCCAUCUUUGUUUUCUAAAAAAAUGACCGAUUUUUACAACAGUCCUUUUUGCGAUGAUGGAUUCGUGCAGUGUCUGACUCUAAUAGCAGAACAAUACAAGGAAUGUCCUGUUAGAAAGAAGCUGGUGUUUCUGGCCAACUCACUGAGUAUGCUAUGCGGGAUGAAGGUUAUGAAAUCACAGAUUAGUGCCCUGUGCUUCGGUCAGACGUUGGCAACAUUGCACCUCACCAUCGCGACUGAAAUCCACAUAGAACGCAACCCGAAACUAGACACGGAUUUCAGCAUAACGGAUUUCUGCAACUCUCCCAAAUCGAAGAUGUCCAAAUACUAUCUGUGUAACUUAGAGCGGUGUCCAGAUCUUCAUCUAAUGCUAAACAGUUUUUAUCCAUGGGCGUGGUUUCUACACACUCGGCCCUCCCCGUUUGAUCUCUGUAACUACCCACAGCCCUGCGGUGCUGGCAAGACAAAUACGACUACCGGGACGUCGCCACCAGUGACUAAGUCUGUAACUACAAUCACGAUGUCCACAUCAGCACCAGGAGAGGCGUCGACACCGAAUAAUGACGGACACACCUUCUUUUACGUCGUGACUGGAGACGAUUCCACAAGCCUGCUGGUUGGCGUUGCGACUGGUACCGCUGUGGCCCUCGUUGGAAUGACAAUUCUUAUCUGCGCAUGUCACAAACGUGCCCGUAGAGUCAAUGGCGCCAUUUAUCGGAGUGGAUACAAAAAGCUUCCAAAUGACGACGACCCAUAAUGGAUAUCACAUCAUGAACAGGGGGUUAUGGGAAGGGGCGAUUGUGGGAUGGGGUGUGGGGGGUCUACGUGAACGAAAUAUGAUUCAUGUCAGUGGAUACAAGUUGCAGGUGUAAAAAGGUAAUUUACUGCUUAGUUUGAAUACGAACAGCUGAGUAGUGUCUCCAGAAAAUUAAUGCAAAGCGAAGUUCAUAAACCAAAUCGUAACUUAUUUUAAGUGCAACAAGGUGCGUUUAUAUAACUAUGGAUAACAAAAUAACAAAAAUAAAGAUGCUUUGUCAAACAGGAAAUGAAAUUAAUGGAAGCAAAGGUAUUGUCAUAUGACUAACAACUUUGUAAAUUUUAUUUUAAUGUUGCAUUAACAAAUUUUAAAUAGAAUAAUCUCUUUCAAAACUUCAGCUAAGAAAGAUAAAAUAAAUACUAUACCCCAUCAAUAUUCAAAUUGUACUUGUUAUGUGAAUUGUACUUAACAAUAACAUUAAAUCUAAAACACAAUUGCUUGCUUUUCAAAGCAGUUUUAUACAAAGGACCUAACUCUACACCCACUAUAUUAAUUGCCUUUAAAUGCAACAGAGGCCCGUAGCAACCGAAUCGGAGGAGGUCACAGCCCCCACUUGAAGAUAAAAAUGUAUGUGUUUUUUCCCUACUCUAUUUAAUAAAGAUAAAACUAUUGCUUGUAUUGCGCCUUCCCUAGAGGCUGUCCCCACUUCUGAUAGCUUACCUACAGCCCUGCAACAGGUUUGGUUUCCUUUAUACUAUUUAAUAAAGAUAAAACUAUUGCUUGUAUUGCGCCUUCCCUAGAGACUGUCCCCACUUCUGAUAGCUUACCUACAGCCCUGCAACAGGUUUGGUUUCCUUUAUACUAUUUAAUAAAGAUAAAACUAUUGCUUGUAUUGCGCCUUCCCUAGAGACUGUUCCCACUUCUGAUAGCUUACCUACAGCCCUGCAACAGGUUUGGUUUCCUUUAUACUAUUUAAUAAAGAUAAAACUAUUGCUUGUAUUGCGCCUUCCCUAGAGACUGUCCCCACUUCUGAUAGCUUACCUACAGCCCUGCAACAGGUUUGGUUUCCUUUAUACUAUUUUUAUUUCGUGAACUCAGAUCAUAUACAUAGUUGAAUUACACACAUAUUCAUUUCAAUCUGUACACGAAUAAAAUAAAAUAAAACAAAAAAUAAAAUAAAAACAAAACAAAACAAAUAAAAUAAAAUAAAAUAAAAUAAUAAAUAAAUAAAUAAUAAAAUAAAACAAAACAUGUACUUCAGUAUUUCUAUAUCACUUGAACAAAAACACACUUUUGCUGCAAUACCAUAUUAAGUUACUUCAAGGCGGAAGGAUAUGGUAGUACGAAGGUCUUAGAGUGUCACAGUACUGAAUAUUGAUGAUGAACUGUGCACGAAACAUUUACUACUUACAUUACCUACUGGUGGGAAAUAAUUACGUGACAUCACAAUACCGUUAUCAAGUUUGACACCCUUAUAAAAUAUUUUAUUGGUUUCUGAUAAUUUCUUUCUCUAUUUUAUUAAUAUAUUUUUUAAUUUAUUGAUUACACAUGUUAGGCAGUAACUUGAGUGUCCUCUAGCCCUGCCCUGUUUAUACACAAGACAGACCAGAGCUACAGAACACUCGAGCUAACCAGACAGAAGAAAAAUGUUUUUCGGAAUAAUAUUAUGAUACAGCAAUAAAAAUGAAAAGAAAAA